AUGGGGAAAUAUAUUGUUGACGAUGAGAUGGAAAAUGUGUAUGAGUUACUGAUUGAUGGUGGUGAAUCAUCCAAAGCUGAACCACCCGAAGUUGGCUCAGAAACCGAUCCCACAUCAGUCCUCGAAGUGAGCCAAUAUUGGGGUGACAGUCUUAGUCCGAUUCUGUUUACAUGCUACUUUGAGAGUGCACUGCGAGGUAUCAGAUCUGACUCCCCUCCUGACGACAUCCUACCACCUGAACUGCAGUAUGCGGAUGAUCUAGACUUCAUUGGAACUGAUGAGCAAGAGCUAGAGGACAUUCAUGAUCCAUGUGCAGAGACCCUCCCAAGCCAUAACCUCACCGUUAAUACCUCCAAAACUGAACGAACAAAGAUAUACCUGGCUGAUGAUCUGGAGGAGCGUGGUUCCGAAGCAUGGAGAAAUGCGAAGCCGCUGGGAUCACGGCUAGGCUCAGCGCAAGAUGUCCAAGCCAGAAAGGCCCUAGCAACCCAGGCAUUCUGUUCGUUGUACGCACUCUUCAAGCAUCAAUCUACCUCACUACUGCUUAGAGUUGCGCUGUACAAUACCUAUGUGAAGCCAGUGCUGUUGUACAACUGUGCGACAUGGGGUCUCACAGAUGCCACCACCAGAGGGAUUGACACCUUUCAUCGAAGGCAUCUGAGAACAAUGGCUGGCGUUAAGUUCCCGAACACAAUAACCAACAAGCAUCUGUACGACAUCUGCGGCUCAGCACCAAUUUCGCUCGAAAUUGACCAACGGCGUUGGGAGCUCCUUGGUCACAUACUGAGAAUGCAGAAGAGCUCUCUCCCACAGCGCGUGUUAGAGGUUUCAGCCACCGCGAGCCUGCGCGGUCGACUGGGCCGACCCAGGUAA